UCAUAAUUUGUCAAUAACAGAUAACUUUUUUUUUAAUCUGCAAGAAAUGUUCGGUUUUGUGUGUACUGGUGAAACUAUUGUCAGCGUUAACCGACAAAAAACGACACAUUUUGGUAUUUCAAAGGUGUUACCGGGCCUUUAUGUCGGAAAUUACAGGGACUCAAAAGACGCUAACCAACUAGCUAAACACAACAUUACUCACAUCGUUGCCAUUCACGACUCUGCAAAAAGAAUACAUUCCGAUAAGCAUUAUCUCUGCGUGAUGGCUUCCGAUUCGCCGGAUCAAAACUUGACCCAAUAUUUUUCGCUGUGCAACGAUUUUAUCCACGCUGCGCGGCUUCGUGAAGGCAACGUUUUAAUACAUUGUCUGGCUGGGAUGUCUCGUAGUGUCACAGUGGCAGUGGCUUACAUCAUGUCCGUAACUAACCUCAACUGGAAGGAAGCACUUAAAGUUGUCAGAGCUGGAAGGGCAGUGGCCAACCCCAACUUGGGCUUCCAGAAGCAGUUGCAAGAUUUCGAAGCCACUCGUGUAGCGAAGGAGCGCCGACGUCUCAAGGAACGUUAUCCAAGUUUAGCCCUUGUACAUAUAGACCGAGAACAGUGUUCUCUUAUGCUCAAUAAUUAUGAAGAGUUGCUGCAAAAUCGGUCGAUCUGCGAAGGCCGGUGCGUUAUGGGCGAGGAAUGUCCGACCGGAAUCUGUAGAUCAAGAAAUCAAAAUCCAGCUGCACAUCAGUCGCGAUCGAGGAAGCAAAGAAGUGUUAGGUCGCGGUCGGAAAUGACAAGAAGCCCUAGUACUACUAGCACCGCUAGUACUAGUAAAGCGAGGCCUCGCUCUGGACCCGCAGGACUCCGAAGCCUUACAGGUUCUGCUCCGCCGUCUCGGGCAAGUUCCCGUUUAGAUAUAACUUCCACGGGUGUUUCUGGGACUCUCACAGCCCCAUCCACCCCCCAUGUAAGCCCUCCAAUAUCACCUAAGCGUAGAGGAACAGUUCUGGUGCCUCUUGCACUGAAGGAAGACGAUUUCGAUUCAUAGCCCACGCCACAAGAUGCGAUUAUUCGAUAUCGUUAAUAAAGUUAAACUCCAGAGGUUACAGCAAAUCGAAAUUUGAUGUUUGACGCCCUUAUCUGAGCAUGGCAGAAGGUAAAAAAGGUGCAGAUAUUGUCGUUGGUUGUGAUUUUAAAAUAAAGAAUUUAUAUACACCGUGGCCACUAGCAGCUUAAUGCUAAAUAUGUAAGGAAACACUGCUUAAAUUCCAUCCGUGUCGUGUGUAGUUAAAGUAGUACCAUUUUAGGAUUAGUAGGAAAAAUUGUGGUAUAAUGUAACUCAUCAUAUCAUCUCCCUAUUACGACUGAUUUGUACCCAUUUUGAACCUUUAUUCGUAUGCGAUAGAUUACCAAAUCGUCCAUUUAAAAUAAUUAGCCGCUCUAGAAACAUAUUUUGUUGUUUAUGAACCUGAUCGGAUGAAUUUUUGAGCGAAGCAGAAACGGAAAAAUCAGAUUUUUGGCUACAGAAUCACGCACAAAUAGAUGUUAAACAUAUUCCCUCUAUAGAUUUCAGUUUGAAUGACGUGGUUCUUACAUUAAGAAAGUGGUGGUGAUCUACUAAAGAUCUGCUAGUGGUUGUAUAUACAAAGAAAGGUUUAAGUCACGAAUCUUGGUAACUCUAGUGGGUUCUACAGAUGAAAUUACAACACAAUACAGUUUUUAUUAAUCAAGUACAGAUCUGAUCGAAUUAGGCAAUCAGGGGAUUCAUUAAUUUCUACACUAGAUAUACAAAAAAGAAAAUGCCAAAAGACAUAACUUUGUAAGGAAAAAUUGUAGUAAUAUCAGCGAAAGCGCAUUUUAUACAUUUAAAAAAAACAUAUACAUGCAUAUUUAUAAAUAAAUAUAAAAUUAGUAAAACAAUCGGUGCGACAAUUCAAACUCGCCCAAUUUAAUUAUUGCUAAUAAUUUCACACUCCCGGAAUCUAAAGAUUUUUUAUUUAUAUAAACAUAGAAUCUGUUACAAUUUUUUUGUACCGCUCAUUUACGAUUUAAGUAAUUUUUAAAAACAAAAUUUAAUGAGAAAAACGAAUACUAAUCACCAUUUUUGCCUUACCCUUUCCUAUAUUCUAGUUAAGUUGUUACAUUAGCUUUUGUAAAAUGUAACAGUACGUCUGAACACAAUCAUUUAUUUGCGAAAGUCAUUUUGUAAGUAAACUAAACAAAGAGUAAUAGCGUUUUACGGGGAUAACAACAUGUUUGAGCUAGUCUCAAUGGACUGACUUACCAUUUGAUGAUCUAUUAAUACAGACACAACUCAUCACAGCACAAGAUUGUUUUACUAAAAUAAAAAACAUAUACAAACAUUUAAAACAUGAUCAUAAUUAUUGUUAAUGAAAGCAAUGAUUUUUACCAAUGUGAGAGUAGACCGUAAAUAGUGUGCUCAACAGGCUUAGUAAAACAGUUAUUAUUAAGUAGCACAAAUUAUAAUAUUACUUAGUGAUAAAGUUAAAUUUUAUUAGAGGUGUAGGUUGUUGUUCUUGGUGCUGGUCGCCAGUUUAUUGCAAUAAUGACACAUUUAUUGUUAUUAGUUUAAGGUACAGUUUAAUAUUGUUAUUAAAUGCACUCGAUAGGUAUACAUAUUUUGUAUAACUUGAAUUAUGUAAAAUAAUGUAUAAUACAAACCAAAUUGAAAUAGUACCUAACGAACUAAAAAACUAAUCCCAUACCUACACUGUGAAAUGGAUCUGUACACUCACUAAAGCGUCAGGUUGGUAAAAAAGGAAAAUUACACCAACGAAAUUAAAAAAAAAACGCUACUUAAAGGGUGAACAGAUACAUUUCAUCUGCAGUUUACUGUUUGAAGCUGGGAUUGAAACUGAAGCUCAAUUUAUAAUCAAAAUUUAAGAAAACCAAUUUGGGACCUAGUUUCAGUUCUUGCUUCAGUGGUUACAGUUCACUUGACCCCGACGAGAAUUUGCCCAAAUCGUUGUUACUGAUUCAUAUGUUAAUAAUAGUGGUAUUUUUUUACCUAAUUAAUUGCUAUUUUUGACAAACAUUGUGAAUAUCAAAUAUAUACUAAAAGUGAUGGAAAUGGAAACGACGACCUUUUAUGAAAUUGUUACUUCAACGACAUACUCAUCUAUAAAUUCUCAGGAUAUCUCUAUUUACGUAAGAGUGAAAGAGAAUAAAUCAAUAUGUGCAAUAAUCUGCACGAGCAGUGAUUGACAUUCCUAUUCAUCAAAAGCAUGUUCAUUUCAACCUACUCUAGUUGCAGUAACAAUUUCCAUUUCUGUUUUAUUGUAGCGAUAAUUUUUUCUUCACGUAUUUAACAAAACAUACACAUCUUGCACAAAAUAGUGGUUGUCUAUGAAACUAAUAAGAUAAGCGCGCAAGGAAGUGGUAUAAAGUAUAAAUAGUCAACAGUGCGGCAGAAAUGAGGUAUAAGGCUGGUUUAAAUAAUGUUACGACGAAACAUGAGGAUGCACCUAAUUAUUUGAAUUAAUCAAACACCCAAAAAUCAUUUUUUUCACAAAAUUAGUAAUAAUUAGGAUUUUGGCGACGCCAUCUGUCUGAACCAUCUAUAUUUGAAUUUCAACAAAUCGAACUUUCACUAUUCACUAAAAAAAAGUGUUAACACAACUUCGAGUUAUGACAGGUGUACAAUUUUAUACUAAAACUAGACCAAGCUAUAGAGUGAACUAAAAAUAUAUGUCCAUUUACAUAAACACAUACAAAAAAAUAAAUAAAAAUCAGUACAAUCUAAACCUAAAGUCUCGUGCCUUGUUCGCUUAAAAACUGCACGAACACAGUGAACAUCACGAUUUUGAGUUACGAGGUUCGACUUACGGAAGUUCGACUGUAUGCAUCAAUUUUAACAAACAUACAGUGUUGAUUAAUUCAAAUAAUUUAACAGUAUUAUGAUGACACCAUUUUACUCGUACGUGGUGCCUGACACGGUUUCUAAAGUAAUGGUGAUAAAGGAUAAUCGUGAGUCGGUUUUUGAAUACUUAAGAAUGAUAAGAAAAAGAAAGUACAAAACAGAUUAUUUUGCGAUUUUUUUACAAUUGCAACGCUUUGCCAAUCAAUAUCUUCAAUAUAAUAUAUAAAGAGCGUUUAUUUUAUAUUGUAGAUAAAAAUGUAAUCACGCGCAUGACCCGUAGAAGUGUCCUUAUUUAAGCUACGUGUUUGGUUUUGUUGGAUGUUGUGUACAGACGACAAAAUGUGUCAGCUUAUAAUUCACUUAUGUGCAUGUUCACAAAAUAAUCGGUCCAAUACUUUUAUAGUAAAAAAAAUGCUUGCAAACAUGAACAUAAGUCUCUUAUAAAAUUAUUAACAGACAAA